AUGGAUGCAAAACGAAGUGGCCUUGAAUUUGACAAGACUGCUGAAAAAGUGGUUAUGGAACCAUAUAGUUACAUAUGUAGUACAAAUGGGAAAGGAAUUCGCAGUGCAUUGGUGGCAGCCUUUAAUUAUUGGCUAAAAGUUCCUGAAAGUGUUUUGAGUGUCAUAUCAAGUGUAAUCCAAAUGCUGCACAACGCCAGUUUGAUUAUUGAUGACAUCGAAGACGGUUCUCACUUACGGCGUGGUAAACCAGCUGCUCAUUGUAUUUUUGGAGUCGCACCGUCUAUCAAUUCCGCAAACUAUGCUUAUUUUCUUGCCCUAGAAAAAUUAUCUCUACUAGAACGUCCUGAAUCGGUAAAAAUAUUUACAGAGCAAAUGCUUGUAUUGCAUCGUGGACAAGGUAUGGAUAUAUUUUGGCGCUCCUCUUUUAAGUGUCCAUCAGAAUCAGAAUACGAGGCUAUGGUAUUAUGUAAAACUGGUGGUCUGUUCAGUCUAGGUGUUCGUCUCAUGCAAUUGUUCUCUGAAAAUCAAACAGAUUAUAAACCUCUUUUGGAUGCGAUUGGUCUGUUUUACCAAAUUCGUGACGAUUAUGCAAACUUAGUUGAUUUAAGUUAUCAUAGAAAAAAAACAUUCGCAGAAGAUUUAACUGAAGGAAAAUUCAGUUAUCCUAUUGUUCGUGCCAUUAACGAUUAUCCUGAUGACAACCAAGUGAUGAAUAUUCUCUCACAACAUACCUCAAAUUCAUCAUUAAAACUUUAUUGUGUUAAACAUUUGUUAGAGUUGGGUGCAUUAGAACAAACUGUAUUGAAGUUAGCUAAGUUGGAAGAAAGAUGCAGUCAGUUAAUUGUGAAGUAUGGCAAUAAUCCCUUGCUUUCUGAGGUAAUCCAAAAACUAACUGACCUACAUCGUACACCUGAUGGUCAUUUACGGUUUAUUACACCAAGGGAUCUUAACUAUGACUCAUUCGAUCACAAUGAGAUAUCUAUUGCUAGCGGUCAUAUUAAUCCUAUUCCUAAAUGA